CACUCAUCAAAAGCGCUCAUUUUUUAAGAUUCCUCGGACAUGGUUCAAUUUCAAUACCAGCAGAGAUCGACGCUUCCAACAGAAGCUAAUGUCUAUGCCCAAGUGAUUGACAUUUACGCUCGUGAUAGAGCUGUGCACUUGGGCAGGAAACUUCAUGCGCACCUAAUCAUAAACGGUUUCGCUCGUUUUGCAGUCAUUGCAUCGAAGCUCAUAACAUUGUACAUCGAGUGUGGGACACUGUCCCUUGCACGCAAGUUGUUCGAAAAAAUUCCGGCAACAAAUGUUCGACGCUGGAUCGCUCUUAUUGGAGCCUCUGCUCGCUGUGGCUUCCAUAAGGAGGCUCUGAGUGUGUUCUCUGAAAUGCAAACGGAAGGGCUGAAACCCAACGUAUUCGUGAUGCCCAGCGUUCUCAAAGCUUGUGGGCACCUUUGCGAUCUCAAGACCGGAGAGAAAAUGCAUGGCGUGAUUUUGAAAUGUUCGUUCGAGCUCGAUUCUUUUGUCAGCAGUGCUCUAAUUGAUAUGUACUCAAAAUGCGCAAGAGUUGAAGAAGCGCGGAAAGUAUUCGACGGGAUGUUAGAGAAAGAUUUAGUGGCGCUAAAUGCUAUUGUGUCUGGCUAUGCACAACAAGGGCUUGCCAAGGACGCACUGAUUUUGGUGGAAAGCAUGAGAAUGAUGGGCACGAAGCCAAAUGUGAUAACUUGGAAUACAUUGAUUGCUGGAUUUUCUAAAGAAGGUGACCGAGCAACGGUGUCAGAGCUUUUCAGGGUGAUGACCGCCAAUGGUUUUGAGCCUGAUGUGAUAUCAUGGACUUCUUUAAUAUCUGGCUUUGUGCAGAAUUUUCGACAUGAGGAAGCGUUUCAUACGUUUAAACAGAUGUUGGGUCAUGGAUUCUGCCCAACUUCGGCUACUAUUAGCAGUCUUCUACCUGCAUGUGCUACUGCAGCAAAAGUGAGGCGUGGAAAGGAGCUUCACAGCUACGCGCUGGUGAUUGGUGUUGGGGAAGAUAUAUAUGUAAGGAGUGCUCUUGUUGAUAUGUAUGCAAAAUGUGGGUUCAUAUAUGAGGCAGGGACCAUAUUUUAUCAGAUGCCCGUGAAGAACACGGUUACGUUGAACUCAAUGAUCUUCGGUUAUGCAAAUCAUGGGUACUUUGACAAGGCAAUCGAGUUGUUCAGAGAGACAGAAGGGGGAGGCAAGCUUGAUCAUCUAACUUUCACGGCAGUUCUAACUGCGUGCUGUCACGCGGGAGAUAUUGAACUUGGGCAAAGUUUGUUCAAGAUCAUGCAAGAAAAAUACGAGAUUGAUCCACGGCUUGAGCAUUACGCAUGCAUGGUGGAUCUUCUAGGUCGGGCUGGAAAACUUGACGAAGCAUAUGCGAUGAUCAAGGCAAUGCCCAUUGAACCUGAUUUAUUUGUGUGGGGUGCCCUACUGGCUGCUUGUAGGAAUCAUGGACAUGAGGAUCUUGCAGAAGAGGCAGUCAAGCAUUUGCUGGAAUUGGAGCCUGAGAGUGCCGGGAAUCGUCUUCUAUUGUCAAGCUUAUACGCUGAUGCUGGUGAAUGGGGAAAGGUCGAGAGGGUGAAGAAAAUGUUGAAGAGAAGGAAAUCGAGAAAAUUUACCGGUUGCAGUUGGAUAAAUAGUGUGUACCAAUGAUAGACGAGUUAUGUGCCCCAAAAAAGGAAAAACAGAACAAUGAUAGAUGGGUAAAUGAUAAUAUGCUGCAUCUCCGUCCGUGGCUAGAAGUGUACGUAAGAGUAUGUGCUGGUUCACAAAUGGCAGGAUGAUAACUCUCUGUAGACGUCGUCCAAGGCAACAAGUUGAUCCAGAUUCGUGAGAUCCACCAUUGGACCUAAAAUAUAUCAUACACGGAACAGACAUGGUGAGUUUCAACUAGAUUCCCGUUCAUCAACUGAUCAGAGAGCUUCCUAUUGUAGACAUCAGACGACAUCAUUUCCUUCGUUCUUCCCUAACACUAUAUGUGAUGAAAAGUUGAAAACUGGAGAGGACUUCACUAGACAUUCUUCAAUACGAAGCAAGCCUUAUCUGCAAUCAGAAGGGGUUAGAAUAUCCAGUUUCAUUCAUAUUUGGAAAUGUUAAAGAGUGCUACAAGGGCCUUCCGCGUGCGCAACCUGACACAGAUAACGCACUGAUCACUAUUGAAGUUAGUUUGAAAGUUGCACUAGCAAAAACAAAACUCUGGCUGCAUCUUUUCAAAUAAGGAUCUUUCAUAUUCUGAUAUAUAAUGCUUUUUUUUUGGCUUCCCAACAUCUUUUGAUCAUGUGAUUGCUCUUAUUUAUGGUUUUUACUGUUGUUUUGUUAUCAAAUAGGAAUUGAAACUCAUUUCUCAU